AUGCCUACAAUAUCUCCUCACGACCCCACAAGGGAUAGCGACCCACCUAUUGGAAACGUCUGGUUUUAUAAAAAGCCUGUGACACAGGCUACUGUGUCUUUAACGAACCCUGGACGAGUUUUGUUUGCCCCAAGUAUAUAUACAGAUGAAGUCGCUCUUAAUACAUCAGACAUUCUAUCAUCCCACACCAUGACAUUUAAGGUAAUUGCACUCGCCACCCUUGUGGCCGUUGCCCUUGCCCGUCCUCAGAACACACCGGCCUAUGGCUAUGGCGCCACAACGCCCUCGUCAGCACCUGCCAAGUAUGACUUCAAUUACGCCGUCAACGACCCACCAUCUGGCAACGACUUCGGUCAUCAGGAGGUCCGAGAUGGCCCCAACACUCAGGGUUCGUAUUUCGUCCUCCUUCCCGACGGUCGUCUUCAGAGGGUCACAUAUACUGUGAACGGAAAUUCUGGCUACGUGGCCGAGGUCACCUACGAAGGGAUAACUGAGGGAAAUCAGAUUAUUAGAAUAAUUGAUGUGAUUACUGUUAACAUGAAAGAAGAGAAAGUAAAGAAAAAUAUGGAUCUAGUACAACAGAUAAAGUUUUUAAAUAUGAGGGUGUUUGGGCGAUAG